AUGCUCCCUACCAAUGACACAAAAUUCCACCCCUCAUCUUUCUUACUGUUAGGAAUCCCAGGAAUGGAAACACUACACAUCUGGAUUGGAUUUCCCUUUUGUGCUGUGUAUGUGAUUGCACUCUUAGGAAACUGUAUGAUUAUCUUUGUAAUAAAGACUGAGAGCAGCCUGCACCAACCCAUGUUCUACUUUCUGGCCAUGUUAGCCACCAUUGACUUGGGUCUCUCCACAGCUACCAUCCCUAAGAUGCUUGGUAUCUUUUGGUUCAACCUUAGAGAGAUAGUGUUUGAUGCUUGCCUCACCCAGAUGUUUUUCAUCCACAACUUCACACUUAUGGAAUCAGCAGUUCUCAUGGCAAUGGCUUAUGAUCGUUACGUGGCUAUCUGCAACCCACUUCGAUAUAGCAUCAUUCUCACUACCAAGGUUGUUUCUGUAAUUGGUCUUGGUGUAUUAGUGAGGUCAUUUAUUUUUGCACUUCCAUUUAUAUUUCUUAUUAUACGACUACCCUUCUGUGGGAAUCAUGUCAUCGUCAUCCCUCACACCUAUUGUGAGCACAUGGGUCUUGCUCGCCUGUCUUGUGCCAGUAUCAAGGUCAAUGUGAUUUAUGGCUUGUGUGCCAUUUGUAAUCUAGUGUUUGACAUCAUAGCCAUUGCUAUGUCUUAUGUCCAAAUACUGCGUGCUGUUUUCCAUCUACCUUCACGUGAAGCCCGACUUAAAUCUCUCAGCACAUGUGGUUCACAUGUUUUUGUUAUCCUUGCUUUCUACACCCCAGCCCUCUUUUCCUUUAUGACACAUCGCUUUGGCAGAAAUGUUCCCCGUUAUAUCCACAUACUUCUGGCCAAUCUCUACGUCAUAGUGCCACCGAUGCUCAACCCUGUGAUCUAUGGUGUCAGAACCAAGCAGAUCUAUGACCGUGUGAAGAAAAUAAUAUUACAAAAAUAA